AUGAGAGCAAAGUCUCCAGUGAGAUCUAUAUCUCCUCGGAGAUCCAAAUCUCCAAUGAGAUCUCGAAAGAGACCCAGAUCUCCAAGCAGAUCCAAAUCUCCAUCGAUAUCCCAAUCUCCAAAGAGGAGAUUCAAGCGUCUUAAGAUGACAGCAAAGUCUCCAAUGAGAUCCAGAUCACCAAGGAGAUCCAAAUCUCCAAUGAUAUCCGGAUCUCCAAAGAGGAGAGUCCAGACUCCAAAGAGGACGGCAAAAUCUCGAAAGAGACCCAGAUCUCCAAGCAGAUCCAAAUCUCCAUCGAUAUCCCAAUCUCCGAAGAGGAGAGUCAAGCGUCAAAAGAUGACAGCAAAGUCUCCAAUGAGAUCCAGAUCGCCAAGGAGAUCCAAAUCCCCAAUGAUAUCCAGAUCUCCAAAGAGGAGAGUCCAGACUCCAAAGAGGACGGCAAAAUCUCCAAGGAGAUCCAAAUCCCCGAUGAUAUCCCAAUCUCCAAAGAGGAGAGUCCAGACUCCAAAGAUAAGGGGAAGGUCUCCAAUGAGAUCCAUAUAUCAAAGGAGAUCAAAAUCUCCAAUGAGAUCUCGAAAGAGACCCAGAUCUCCAAGCAGAUCCAAAUCUCCAUCGAUAUCCCAAUCUCCAAAGAGGAGAGUCCAGACUCCAAAGAUACGGGGAAGGUCUCCAAUGAGAUCCAUAUAUCAAAGGAGAUCAAAAUCUCCAAUGAGAUCUCGAAAGAGACCCAGAUCUCCAAGCAGAUCCAAAUCUCCAUCGAUAUCCCAAUCUCCGAAGAGGAGAGUCAAGCGUCAAAAGAUGACAGCAAAGUCUCCAAUGAGAUCCAGAUCGCCAAGGAGAUCCAAAUCUCCAAUGAUAUCCAGAUCUCCAAAGAGGAGAGUCCAGACUCCAAAGAGGACGGCAAAGUCUCCAGUGAGAUCCAAAUCUCCAAUGAGAACCAGAUCUCAAAUGAGAUCUCCAAGGAGAUCCAAAUCCCCGAUGAUAUCCCAAUCUCAAAAGAGGAGAGUCCAGACUCCAAAGAUAAGGGGAAGGUCUCCAAUG